AUGUCUGAGCUAUUAUUGUCGUCAUCACAAUCAUUAAUAGUUGAAAUGCGUAAUUUGAUUAGUCGUGCAAAAACAUUGGCAGCUGUUCGUCAACUGGAACCCACACGUAAUCGUUACAUAUUGCAAUUUUUAUAUGAAUCAAAAUUAAUUAAUUAUUUGCAAUCACCUGUUGAUUUGAGUGACGGUAAUUUUAGUAAUAUUGAUAUGAGUGGCAAAAUGAGUUUUCAUAAUGCAACAUUAGCUAAUGGUGUUCACCUUAUUAAUUCAUCGUUUAUGUAUCGUGACCUUGAUUUUGUCGAUUUUCAUCGACCGAAUUUAAUAAAUAUUAAUUUUAAAUUUUCUAGUUUAAGUCGUAUCAAUUUUCAACAAACAGCUUUGCAACAAGCUGAUUUCAGCAGUGCAACAUUUAAAGUACAGGUCGAUUUUAAUCAAUCAAAUUUAACAUAA